AUGCUCGUCAUUCUGGUGAGUGGAAGCGAAGGUAGCUCUGGGGAAGAAGGAGAGGCGAGACGCAACACGGAGGAUGAACGACGCUAGCUGCACCACUUGAUGCUUGUGAGAGGGGCAUCGGGCGAGGCUGAUGCGUCGCGAACAGCGCGCCUUGUACACAUUGUGUCCCUGUCCAGAGCGCGGACGAGGGCUCGGCGCUAGGGCGCACGAAGCGCACCAGGCCAGGCUCGCUUGGAUCCAUCCAGGUCACCGCAUGUGCCAGGCCAUUCAGCUGAACCACGAGCCAUCUCUAUCACUCCACACAAGAGCCAAGACAAACAGUACGGGAGAACGGAAGCAGCGGGGUCACUCAGUCCAGCGCUCUGUGGCAGUGGGUGGGAGUCUAUGCACCCUCGAACGCCUCCCUCACACCGGGCCACCACAGCGAAAGUCUGCCGAGCAUGCUCAUCACCAAAAAGCACUGCGGCAAUCGAUCAAGGCGCACUACGCCAUCACAUUUGGCACAUGCGUCUCACAGAGGGAGGAGAUAGAAGGGUCAAGGCGGGCGCUAGUGCAGAGCACUCGAGAGACAAAGGUCGAAACUGGUUGGGUCCCAUGGUGAUGCUGAUUGCCCCAGUGCUGUGAGUCCGCUUGCACGCCUAUGCUGUGCAGGGCCUUCAUGAACGCUGACUACCGAUAGCAUCGCACUCCAAGUCAACAUGAAUGCUUGGUGCAGAGGAGAGUAUCACACGAUGCCCGACAAGCCGGAGCAUGCGGGAAACAUCAGUCGACAAAGCGGGCCUGA